AUGUUCAACACCACUCUAAAUCCUGCCACCAACCUCUACAUGAACUCUACCGCUGCUGGUGGACCUCGUGGACCUCCACCAUGGUACCAGUUCGCUGUAUGCGCCGUGGCCCCUUAUGGCUUCAUUUUCUACUUUGGGGUCAAGGUGUUCAACCUGGCAGUAGGGACGCCCUCUAACAUCCUGGUCAUCUGGCAGAUCGCCUCCAAGAAAAGUGAUGCGUCCACCUCUGACAUCUUUAUCUUCAACCUGGCCAUCUUGGACGCCUACUUCUGCCUAAUGACGCCCAUAGAGAUGGUCAACCGGCUUCUGCUGGAUGACAGUCGCAUUUGGUACUCUCAGAGGUUCGCAUAUGGGAUAAAAGACGUCGCACCACUCUUUCUGGUGUGCAUCUGUCUGGACCGCUACAUGGCAGUGGUCCACCCAGUACUGUUCGCUGGUGUUCGAGACAAUAAGAUCCGCAUUGGCAUUUCUGUGGUGGUCUGGGGCCUCAUCCUGGCUUACGGCCUCAUCAAGUGCAUCCUGGGAGUCAUGAGCGUCAACGAGAUCUUCAGCGGCGUCAUCCUGUUUUCCUUUGCGGUCAUGGUCUUCUGCAACAUCUCUGUCAUCUGGGUCCUUAGACGUUCUGUGGCGGGGAAGGAGGAGAUGCACCCGGUAAAGAAGAAGGCCUUCAAGAUGGUGCUCAUCAUCCUGGCCAUCAUCGUGACCAACUACCUGCCGCCCGUGGCUCUCAUGCCCUUCGUGUCGUACUACUCGUUUGUGGCGUUCCGCUGCCAGAUCAGCAUCAGUGUGUUCUCCAUCAUGGACCUGAGCUGCAGCAUUGAGCCUCUCCUCUACAUCACCAAGAUGGAGCGUGUGGACGGUAGGUGCUGUGGACAGAGUUUCUCCAAGAAGUCAAAGGACGUCAAGGUGUGA